AUGGGCGCAAGUGUAUUGCCGUUGUAUUGGGAUGAAGUUGGCAAGAGGCAGUUGCUAGGGCCUGAGUUGGUGCAAGAUACAAAAGAAAAAAUUGCAAUUAUCUGGAAGCGGAUGCUCACCGCUCAAAUCCGACAGAAAAGUUAUGCGGAUAAGCAUUGCCGUAAGCUUGAAUUUGUAGUUGGUGACUUUGUGUACCUUAAGGUGUCGCCAAUUCGAGAAUGUAUGGCGUUUUGGAAACAAAGGCAAGCUCAGUCCAAGUUGUGGAAGUGUGUUCAUGAUCCCUCGCAUGUGAUAAGUUACGAGCCUCUUGAUAUUCAGCUAAAUCUGACAUAUGAAGAGUUGCUCAUACAAGUGUUGGAUUGCAAAGAACAACAGUUGAGAACCAAGACUAUUCCAUUGGUGAAGUUCCUAUGGCGGAAUCACAAUGUUAAGGAAGCUUCAUGGGAGCUUGAGCAGUAG